AUGGAGCUGAAGAGAGGAAAGACUUUCAUCAAAUCCAGCUUUCACAUUUCUCAUGAGAAGUCCCCAGGCCCAGCAGCAACUGCCCCAGCCUGGGACGAUGCAGACCCCUGGUCAGUCUCACCUGGAGGGCAGCAGCAGAUCCAUGGUGAAAGAGGCCCACAAGCCAGUCUUAAUACCCACGGAUAUAACAUAUACUCCAAAAAGGGAGCACAGCCAGAGCCUGAGGGUGGUGCCACAGACCUCUGUGGUGCCACCUUCAAAUUGGUAUGGAAGAGCAAGACUCACAACAGUGUGCCUGGGGCUGGCAGGAUGGUCGCAGCCACAAGGCAACUGGUAGGCAGCACGAGCUUCCCAGGGCCCUCUGGCAGCCAGCGCAUUAUUGAUUACCGCCACUUUGUGCCCCAAAUGCCUUUUGUGCCAGCCGUGGCUAAGAGCAUCCCAAGGAAGAGGAUUUCCCUGAAACGACCCAAGAAGUGCUUUCGGAACCUAUUCCACAUUCAUAGAAACAAGACUGAGAACUUGGCUUCACUGGAAACCAGGGGAAAGAGCCUGCCUUCCCCCAGAAUCCCAUCAAAGGCUGGAGGGCAGCGAGGCAAAGCCUUUUUCCCCUUGGGUGAGGGACUGGGGCUGGAUGGCUUGUGCCAGGACCUAUCUGACAGUGAGUUCCUGCCUGACUCCUCUUUCGACUUCUGCAGGGCCCUGUGUGAGGACGUGGCUUCACUUAAGAGCUUUGACUCACUCACAGGCUGCGGGGAGAUCUUUGCGGAUGAAAGCUCAGUGCCAUUCCUGGAGCUGAAUGAGGGCUUGGAGAGCUCAGCCAAGUCAUCGCAGGCCCUUGAGAGCAAGGUUUCUAGUGGCCCCUUCCAGGGCAGCAUGGAGAAGCUGGUGUCUCCUUCCCAGGAUGACAUGUCUGGCUUUGCCAAGUUCUGGGAUAGUGUGAAUCACUCUGUGAGGCAACAACAACACACCCAACUGAGCCCUCAGGGAACGGAUACAGCCCAACCUGGGCUUGAUUCAGCUGGGCUCAUUGAGUUCCCUCUGUGUCCCUGCAGGGACCUCUUCAGUGGCUCCAAAGCCAGCUCCAUAAACACAGGCACCACCAGGAGCGAGCAGCCAGAAUCUGUGUCCACAAGUGACGAGGGCUACUACGAUGCCUUUUCAUCUAGCCUUGAGGAGGAUAGGAAGGAAGCCAUGAGCCCAGGCACCCCUGCAGCUGCCUUCCCUCGGGAGAGCUAUAGUGGAGAUGCCCUCUAUGAGCUUUUCUGUGACCCUAGUGAGGGUCCUGUUGGCCUUGAUGAUGACCUGUGCGUGUCUGAGAGUCUCUCAGAGCCAGCACUGGGAAUGCCACUGUCUAUUUGCAGCUUCCACAUGGGGGCAGAGGAAGACUUGGCCUCGGGACCAAGCCCAGACCUGCUCAGCCAGGGUUUCUUGCAGAGCUCCUGGAAGGGCAAGGAGUGCCUGCUGAAGCUCUGUGACACUGAACUCACCGUCACCAUGGGUAUUAUCAACUGGCUUCGCCGUAGUCCUGAGCUCCAUGCUCCUCCUAUCUCAACCCCUGGGGAUCCUGCAACCCCAUUCAGGGGAUUGGUGGAGAAUCUGGGAGCUGGCUCUGAGAAGAAAGGUCCAGGUCUAGUGAAGCUGGAGGUCAGGGGGGCCCAUGCCUCAGAUGCAGGUGGGAUCACAGUAAGCUGACCUAGUAGGCAGGAGCUGUGGGCACAUUUGGGUACCAGAGUUGCAGCGCUACAGAUCCACCCAGACUGCAAGCCUUAUUCUGUGCAGCCCCCAAGGCAGGACACAAGCAGUAGGCUCUGUAGGCAGCCUCAGGCCAGGGACAUUACCAUUUCACAGCAGAAACCGUCUAACAGCUUUCCUGGAGUGGCUGCCAUCUGUAGCCUGCCCUCCUUGACCAGCCCACUCCACAGCCCACAGGAUCAAAAGUGCCCAGGCCUUUUCCUGGACAUAAGCCAGCUCAGGAUGGAGCUCACCAGGCUGGAUGCUCAGGCCCAUGCCUCAGUGGAGGAGUACUUGUAG